AUGGCCAUAUUAGAUCAGGAAAAUACAUUUGUUGGUGAUACUGUUGUUCCAGUUGCGACGAACAUCGGAAUAGAUCCAAGUGAUCCUCUUUAUCUGCAUCCGUCAGAUAAUCCUGGAGCAAUGCUCGUUUCAAUUCCUUUUAGUGGAAUUGGAUACAGGUCUUGGAGAUACAGUGUAAUGCAUGGUUUAUCUGUAAAAAACAAGCUAGGUUUCAUAAGUGGAGAGUGUAAGCCACCGGUGCCUCAAUCUCAGAGAUUCAGACAAUGGGAGCGAUGCGAUGAUAUGGUAACGUCUUGGAUUCUAAAUUCACUUUCUAAAGAUAUUGCGGAUAAUGUGGAAUAUGCUAGCAAUGCUGUUGAGCUGUGGAAAGAAUUGGAGGAUAGAUAUGAGCAGACUAAUGGUGCCAGAUUAUACCAGAUCCAAAAGGAGAUAAAUGAUUUGUCUCAAGGUGUGUUGAACAUUACAGGCUACUAUACUAAGCUAAAAAAGCUAUGGGAAGAGCUAAAUACCUUGAGCAAAAUGACUCACUGCAGUUGCACCUGUACAUGUGGUGCCAAGGAGAACAUGCACAAGGCCAAGCAGGACAGAAGAUUGAUACAAUUUCUCAUGGGACUCAAUGAAGUCUACACUGUUAAUUUGAACGGAGUUGAAAGGUUCAACAAAGGAAGAAGAAUAGUGGCCAAUGUGCAGGGCACUUCUUCUGAAGCAAUGUCAACAGGAAAAGAUGAAUCAGAAGAUGGAAAUGAGGUGGGGCAAAUAAAUCUCUCUAAGGAACAGUAUGGGCAGAUCCUAAGCUUACCGCAUUAUUUUCAAAUUGGAACAGGAGUAGAAAGCUCCAGUUGCACAAGUCAUGCCAAUGGUGCUGUGAACUUUGCAGAUUCAGGAGCAUCUAAUCACAUGACCUUCAACUUGUCUUUAUUAACCAACAUUGUGACCUUACCAUAUCCCCUAUUAGUAGUUCCUCCAAACGGAUAUAAGGCCCCUUCAAUGAAGAGGCCUUUGGAAAUUGGUAAAGUCAGUGAUGGACUCUAUCUUCUCUGCCCAAGGUGUCUCAAGAACAAACAUUCAAGAUUAUUUGUAAGUAAUCCAAAUGCUAGUUCUAUUUCUUCCACUUGUUGCACACACAUCUCACAUUGUUUUCAUCAUCCCACUGUAAAUGGCUCACUGUCUAGAAAUAGUUGCACAUCUCAUUUUGUUGUAAAUACAUGUUCCCCAAAUAAUAAAGUGCAACUUUCCAUUGUGAAUGGUGUUAAUUCUUUGAUGUCUUCAAGUAGUGACAUAAAUGUGUUGUGGCACAAUAGACUGGGCCAUGUACCCUUUGUCAAGAUGAAGGGAAUGUCUACUAUCCUAGCAUCCUUCUCCCCAAAACAACCUUUUACCUGCUCUGUCUACCCAAUGGCAAGACAGGGAAGAUUACCAUUCCCAGAAAAAUUCACUGAUUCUACCAAGAUAUUUCAGCUACUUCAUGUUGAUCUCUGGGGUCCUUAUCAUAUGCCAACCCAUGAUAAUUUCAAAUAUUUCAUCACCAUGGUAGAUGGUUAA